AUGGCUCAGCCAAGCUCGAGCUCGGACAGGAUGCGACAACAGCAGACAAUCUACUUCCAUCUACGAAUAAGAAACGGCAAGGACCCUAAGGACUAUAAGUUCUGGAACACACAACCCGUGCCAAAACUGGACGACCGUGGACCUUCAAUAACGACCUCCAACACUGCCGUUCCACAGUCGGAUGGACCAAUACUUCCUGUUGCUGUCUGUGACAAGAUCGGGAAAGCAGAUUCAGAGAAGCUCAUCGAAGGCUUCGAGUGGUGCGAGCUUGAUGUGACUGCAUCUCACGUGUUAUCAGAAUUGCACGACUUGCUCUACAACCACUACGUCGAGGAUGACGAGGGCUCUUUUCGCCUCAACUACUCACCUGAGUUUCUGUCUUGGGCCCUACGACCUCCUGGCUGGAAGAAAUGCUGGCACAUCGGUGUACGUACAAAGAGCACUUCAGACAAAACUGGCCGACUGGUCGCUUUUGUUGCCGGUAGGCCUGUCAAGCUUAAUGUUCGCAGCAACAUUAUUGAUGCGGUGGAGAUCAACUUCCUCACCAUACAUCAGAAGCUGAGAGGUAAACGUCUGGCUCCUGUGCUUAUCAAGGAGAUCACUCGGCGUUGCUAUCGCGAAGGCAUUUAUCAGGCACUGUAUACUGCUGGCACUGUCCUACCCUCGCCAGUGGCAACUUGCAGGUACUAUCACCGCUCGCUUGACUGGGAGCAUCUUUACAAAACUGGCUUCUCGCGUUUGCCUCGUGGAAUCACGGUCUUGAGGCAGACGCUUAAGUACAAACUUGAGAAGACAGCGACGAAAGGAUUGAGACAGAUGGAACCUAGAGAUGCGUCUGCAGUCAAGCAACUCUUGAAUCAAUAUCUGGCACGGUUUGGUCUGUUGCAGACCUUUACCGAAGAAGAAGUCAUACACUACUUCUGUUCUAAGUCAUCAAAAGGUAUCGUUUAUAGCUAUGUCGUUGAACACGAAGGCAAGAUUACAGAUUUUGCUUUAUUCUACUCAUUAGAGGUACGAUCGUCCAGUGCAAUCAUUCUCCGUUCUUCAGCAACGCCUUUGACAAUUCGCACAGCCUAUCUUUACUACUACGCCAGCUCCCAAGCCCUAACGCCCGAGAACAAAAACAGCUAUGCCCAACACCUCCAGACACUCGUCCACGACCUCCUGAUUCUCGCCAAACAAGCUGAGUUCCAUGUCUUCAAUGCUCUAACAGCAAUGGACAAUCCACUCUUUCUCCAGCAGCAGAAAUUUGAACCUGGAGACUCGUCAUUGCAUUUCUAUCUCUUCAACUGGCGGACAUCGAGGUUGGCUGGUGGAAUGGAUGACAAUAUGCGAGCGGAUGCAGGCAACAUGGGAGGAGUGGGAGUCGUUAUGUUGUAA